AUCAGGGGGGGUCGACUCUAUACGUCGAAACAACGACAUACCUACAAGGGCUAUUUCAAGUGUGGCUAGAGUAAAAAAAAAAAUCGGGACCUAAUACUCGAGACUAAAAAAUUACGUUUUUAUGAAAUUUAGGUCCCUAAUCUUACCACUAAUGUCAUUUCUGAAGUUUGAUGUCGUUUCGUUUAUGCCAAACAAGAUGGCGGAAUGUUUGUAAAAGUUUGCCGUAGCAUCUCGUGUUGUAACGUGUAAGCUUUUAUUAUUGUUUGUUUCGAGUUUUCGACUCAGUGUUACAAAUAUUUUGAGAUAGUGACUCUGUGUGUUUUUUGAGAAAGUGACUCUGUGUGUUUUUUGAGAAAGUGACUCUGUUUCUGUACCUUUUUCGAGAAAGUGAUUUAAAAAGUGAAUAUGUCGUCGGUAAUAAACGUGGAAAGUCGACGACGAUGUCUUAAGUGUGGACGUUCACCGGCUGAGGACUCACUGACUACAUUGUUUCGCUUUCCGAAACCCGGCAAAACGAACACUUCACGCUGUUUAUUAUGGGCAAAGUACUGUUUUCCUGAUAAAGAAUACUGGUCACCAGAAUUCCAGCAUAAACUUCAUACAGAACAUAAAAUGCUCUGCAAUAGACAUUUUCCAAGGACUUCAUUUAGUGAUUACCCUGAAACUUUCAAGAAGCUUCAUAGAUUUGCAGUUCCAGAUGACAUCAAAGCGGCUGAACCUCAACCAGGCCCUGCAUAUUGUCAGGUGCAAGUGUUGAAAGAUAUAACCAACUGCUAUUCUGAGCCAAAACCAAUACUUGAACCUCUACCUGGGACUUCACAUGUGUUGCUUGAAGAAAAUGAAGUGCUGCGUGAAAAUAACACUCCUCAGACACCAAAAAAUGUAAGGCAAAAUAAAACUGAACCUCUACCUGGGACUUCACAUGUGUUGCUUGAAGAAAAUGAAGUGCUGAGUGAAAUUAUCACUCCUCAGAUACCAACAAAUAUAAGGCAAAAUAAAACUCCAAAGGAAAAAUAUCUGUUGUCAAAAUGCAGAAAACAUUUGAAACAUAUUUGCCAAUUAAGAAAUAGAAUAAAAAAAUUGAAAAAUAAGGAUAUCCUGAAAGAAAUUAGUAAAAACGAGUCAGUUGAUAAACUGAUGAAAAAAUUGACUCCUACAUUUGCCUUGUUGCUGCAAGCACAGAUAAAAAACUUAAAAAAAAAAACCAAAGGAAGGAGAUGGACAGUGGAAGAAAAAAUAACAGCGCUGAGACUAUAUAAAAGAUCACCAACAUGUUAUAGACUGAUGAGAAGAUUGUUUUGUCUACCAGCUCAAUCUACUUUAAAAUGUCUUUUGAGCAAACUCUCCCUCGAAGUAGGAGUCAAUAAAUGUAUUUUCUCUGUAUUAAAAAAAACAGUACAACUUCAAAGUGCAUCUGACAAUGAAUACAUUAUCAUGUUUGAUGAAAUGUCAAUUAAAAAAAAUAUAAUGUAUAACCGAAGGACAGAUACAAUAGAAGGAUUUCAAGACCAUGGCUUUCAAGGCAGAUCGCCACAAUUAGCAACACAUGCUCUAGUGUUCAUGAUAGCUGGCAUUAGAAAAAAGAUUAAGCAGCCCGUGGCUUACUACUUAUCCAGCGAGUAUGUAACAGCAGACCGUCUAGCAGUAUUGAUAAAAGAGAUAGUACGUGAAUGUCGUGAGGCGGGUCUUAGCAUAGCGGCAACGGUUUGCGACAUGGAUGGGGUAAAUCGACGAGCUUUAUCCAUCUUGGGUGCCACUUGUGAAAAGCCCUCCAUCACUAUUGAUGAUAUAGACAUUAUCAGUAUGUAUGACCCACCUCAUCUGCUAAAGUGUUUCAGAAAUUUAUUUCUGAAAUACAAUAUCCAGUGCACUACACAAAUAACAUCAAACAACAAAAGUGGAAUAGGUGUUGCAAAAUGGAGCCAUAUCAAAACUUUUUAUGAUCUGGACAAUCAGAACCCCAAUUUUGUAUUUGCUCCGGGUUUAAAAUUAGAACACCUCAAUCCAAACAGCAAGCAAAAAAUGAAGGUGAAAUUGGCGGCACAAACCUUGAGCCAUACAGUUGCUGCUGGGAUGAUGGCAAAAAUUUCAGAAGGCGUACUGACUUCAGAAGCAGCUGUAACUGCAGGUCUAAUAGCUAAAAUGGACAUGCUAUUUGACUCUGUCAACAGCGACUCCUCAGAUUUGCGCCGUGGGAAAAUACAUGCGACAAAUUUAAAACAAACAACACCUCAUCUCCAGUUAUUUAAAGAAAUGAAAUUAUUUUUUAAUUCAUUAAAAUUUAUAGGCUGCACACGCACACCACCUUCAAAAGAAGGAUGGGUGUGGACUCUGAAUGCAGUUGAACUUUUGUGGAAUAAACUCCGUAAUAAACAUCCGAAUAUUCAAAGUCUUGCCACCCGCAGACUGCAGCAGGACCCACUAGAAAACCUGUUUGGCUGCAUUCGGAGUAAUUGCGGUGCAAAUUACAACCCUACAGCUGGACAAUUUGUUGCGGCCUUAAAAACUUCUAUCUUGAGCAACCUAGCUCACCUAAGCACAGGAAACUGCGAAAGCGAUUACUGCGAAAGUAUAAUUGAUAAUUAUAAAGAUUUAUUGACCAAAUCCACAAAUAUAUGCACAAAUGAUGCAAUAUCAACAACUUUACAAAAUAUUUCAUAUUCCUCAGAUUUCUCUGAAGAAAUAGAAAAUAUAUGUAAUGCUGAAUCAACAAGUAGUGAAGCUCAGGCAUGUGCAUAUGUUUGUGGAUUUUUAAUUAAAAAACUUGAUAGUACCUGCACAAGCUGUCUUAACAUUUUAUUAACUAAAGAAAAUUGUUCAGUAGAACAUUUAUUUAUUCAAUUCAAAGAAUAUAAUUCCGAAAAGCAGAGCUUAAAUUAUCCUCACAUUAAUAUAAUAAAUUAUGUGGAAUCCUGUGCUUCGGUGGCAAACCGAAUGUUUAACGAUAUAGGACACCAAAAGCAUGUGCUUAAAAUAGUAAAAGAAAAAAUUGUGGAAACAGUAAACCAUGAGUUUUUAAAGGCUUGUCCAGCACAUAUGGAGAAAAACCUUAAUUAUUUUACAGAAAAUACUUUGUAUAUUUGCAUAAAGAGGCACUGUACAUUAAAAAAUCGUCAGUUCUCAGAGGAAGCUUCGAAAGCUUCCUUAAAUAGAAAAAUUGAUAUUUUAAAACACAAAUAAAUUGAAAUAUUUGUUUUAUUAAUUUCAAAUAUAGAUAAUUAUUACUAUA